CCUUCCAUCCUCGCCAAGAUGCCUGCCCCCAGCGCCUUCAUCCUUCUCGCGGCCGUCUCCGCCUCCGGCUGCCUGGCGUCCCCGGCCUACCACGGUGGAUUCGCCUUCAACUGGGCCCCUGUGGCGCCCCCGUACGCUGUGGUUCUCAUUUCUUGCUCUGGCCUGCUGGCUUUCAUCUUCCUCCUCCUCACCUGUCUGUGCUGCAAACGGGGUGAUGUCGGCUUCAAGGAAUUUGAGAACCCGGAAGGAGAGGACUGCUCUGGGGAGUACACCCCUCCAGCCGAGGAGACCUCCUCCUCACAGUCUCUGCCUGAUGUCUACAUUCUGCCGCUGGCUGAGGUCUCCCUGCCCAUGCCGGCCCCACAGCCUUCACAUUCAGACAUGACCACCCCCCUGGGCCUUAGCCGCCAGCAUCUCAGUUACCUACAGGAGAUUGGGAAUGGCUGGUUUGGGAAGGUGAUCCUGGGGGAGAUCUUCUCCGACUACACCCCAGCCCAGGUGGUGGUAAAGGAACUCCGAGCCAGCGCGGGGCCCCUGGAGCAGCGCAAGUUCAUCUCGGAGGCACAGCCAUACAGGAGCCUGCAGCACCCCAACAUUCUGCAGUGUCUGGGCCUGUGUGUGGAGACUCUGCCUUUUCUUCUGAUCAUGGAGUUCUGCCAGCUGGGGGACCUGAAGCGUUACCUGCGGGCCCAGCGCCCCCCUGAGGGCAUGUCUCCUGAGCUGCCCCCUCGAGACCUGCGGACACUACAGAGGAUGGGCCUGGAGAUCGCCCGCGGGCUGGCUCACCUGCACUCGCACAACUACGUGCACAGUGACCUGGCCCUUCGCAACUGCCUGCUGACCUCUGACCUCACUGUGCGCAUUGGAGACUACGGGCUCGCCCAUAGCAACUAUAAGGAGGACUACUACCUGACCCCAGAGCGCCUGUGGAUCCCGCUGCGCUGGGCAGCACCCGAGCUCCUCGGGGAGCUGCAGGGGACCUUCAUGGUCGUGGACCAGAGCCGUGAGAGCAACAUCUGGUCCCUGGGGGUGACCCUCUGGGAGCUGUUUGAGUUCGGGGCGCAGCCCUACCGCCACCUGUCCGACGAGGAGGUCCUGGCAUUUGUGGUCCGCCAGCAGCACGUCAAGCUAGCCAGGCCGCGGCUCAAGCUGCCCUAUGGCGACUACUGGUACGACAUCCUGCAGUCCUGCUGGCGCCCACCUGCCCAGCGCCCCUCGGCCUCUGACCUCCAACUGCAGCUUACCUAUCUGCUCUCAGAGCGGCCCCCUCGGCCACCUCCUCCCCCGCCCCCGCCCCGGGAUGGCCCCUUCCCCUGGCCUUGGCCCGCAGGGCACACCGCACCCCGCCCGGGUACCCUGUCCUCGCCCUUCCCCCUCCUGGAUGGCUUCCCAGGAACUGACCCUGACGACGUGCUCACUGUCACCGAGAGCAGCCGCGGCCUCAACCUCGAGUGCCUGUGGGAGAAGGCACGGCGGGGGGCGGGCCGCGGUGGGGGGGCGCCUCCCUGGCAGCCAGCUUCGGCGCCCCCGGCGCCCCAUGCCAACCCCUCAAACCCCUUCUACGAGGCCCUGUCCACACCGAGCGUGCUCCCCGUCAUCAGCGCGCGGAGCCCCUCGGUGGGCAGUGAGUACUACAUCCGGCUGGAGGAGCAUGGCUCCCCACCCGAGCCCCUCUUCCCCAACGACUGGGACCCCCUGGACCCGGGAGUGCCUGCCCCUCAGCCCCCCCAGGCUCCCUCCGAGGUCCCCCAGCUGGUGUCCGAGACCUGGGCCUCGCCCCUCUUCCCGGCACCCCGGUCCUUCCCGGCCCAGGCCUCGGCCGCAGGCGGCUUCCUCCUAAGUGGCUGGGACCCCGAGGGCCGGGGGGCCGGGGAGACCCUGGCCGGAGACCCUGCCGAGGUACUGGGGGAGCGGGGGGCCGCCCCGUGGGCCGAGGAGGAGGAGGAGGAGGAGGGCAGCUCCCCUGGGGAGGACAGCAGCAGCCUUGGGGGGGGGCCCAGCCGCCGGGGUCCCCUCCCCUGUCCCCUAUGCAGCCGCGAGGGGGCCUGCUCCUGCCUACCUCUGGAGCGGGGGGACGCCGUGGCCGGCUGGGGGGGGCACCCUGCUCUUGGGUGUCCCCACCCCCCAGAAGACGAUUCAUCCUUACGAGCCGAACGGGGUUCCCUGGCCGACCUGCCCUUGGCCCCCCCUGCUUCGGCCCCCCCCGAAUUUCUGGACCCCCUUAUGGGCGCAGCAGCACCCCAGUACCCCGGGCGGGGACCACCACCCGCUCCCCCCCCGCCGCCGCCGCCGCCUCCCCGGGCCCCCAUGGACCCGGCCGCGUCCCCCGACCCCCCGUCGGCCGUGGCCAGCCCGGGCUCGGGCCUGUCCUCCCCGGGCCCCAAGCCGGGGGACAGCGGCUACGAGACCGAGACCCCUUUUUCCCCCGAGGGAGCCUUCCCAGGCGGGGGAGCAGCCGAGGAGGAAGGGGUCCCUCGGCCGCGGGCUCCCCCCGAGCCCCCCGACCCGGGAGCGCCCCGGCCACCCCCAGACCCGGGUCCCCUAGAACCCUUGGGGGACCGGGAGAAGCCAACCUUCGUGGUUCAAGUGAGCACCGAGCAGCUGCUGAUGUCCCUGCGGGAGGACGUGACAAGGAGCGUCCUGGGGGAGAAGGGGGUGGCCCCCCGGGAGCCAGGGCCCAGGAAGGUGGGGAGAGGCCUCGGGAGCAGAGAGACAGCUCCGGGCCCAACAGUCCCAGGCAGCGAGCAGAGAGCCCCAAACCCGAACGAGGACCUGAACCUCCCCGUGAACGGGGUGACAGUGUUGGAGAACGGGGGACAGAUGGUCUCCGACAGCGAGGAGAUGGCGCUGGAGAAUGGGGUCCUGGGGUCCCCAGAGAUAGAAGAGAAAGUGAUGGCGAAUGGGGAGUUGACACCCCCAAGGAAGGAGAUGGAGUUGGAGAAUGGGGAGCUGAGGUCCCCAGAGGCCAUGGAGAAAAUGCUAGUGAAUGGCGGCCUGACACCCCCAAAGAGCGAGGAGAAGGUGGCAGAGAAUGGGGGCCUGAACUUUCCCAAGAAGGUGGAGAGGCCGCUGGAGACUGGGCCCUGGAGAGUCCCCGGACCCUGGGAGAAGACGGCCGAGAGUGGGGAUCCAGCCCCCACGAUCACGCAGCCAGUCCCAGAGACCUUGCUGGAGAGAGCCCCCGAACCCGGCGAGGGGCCAGCAGCCUCACCCCAGAACGGCCUGGAGACAGCCCCUGGCCCCACUGGCCCAGCCCCCAGGAGCGGGGCAACGGACCCCGGGACCCAGAGGAGAGUCCUCGAGACUGGGGGGGCGCCGAGAGCCCCAGGGGCUGGGAGGCUGGACCCCGGGAGUGGGGGCCGAGCCCUGGGGGGCCUGGGGAUGGUCCCCGGCGGCGGCCCCGGAAGCGGCGUGGACGCAAAGGCCGUACGGGCCGACAGCACGAGGCCGCAGCCGCCGCCACCGCUGCCGGAGGUCCAGCCGAGGAGGCCGGAGCCACCGCCCCCGAGAUCCAGGCUGGAGGCGGCCUCAGAGGGAGACCCCGGGGCCCCAGACAGCAGAGUCGGCGCAGACACGGCACCCAGCGGAGACGGGGACCCCCCCAAGCCAGAGAGGAAGGGCCCCGAGAUGCCACGGCUGUUCUUGGACUUGGGACCCCCCCAGGGGAACAGCGAGCAGAUCAAAGCAUGGCAAGCCCCUGAACUCUUGCUGCAGUCGGCCAAGACCAGGGGUCUCAAAAUCAGAGGCCACAUGAGCCAGGCAACAGGGAAGGCGCGGGCAGCCCCGGUGCCCGUCGUGGUGAGCAGCGCCGACGCGGACGCGGCGCGGCCACUGCGGGGGCUGCUCAAGUCGCCGCGCGGGACCGACGAGUCCGAGGACAGCGAGCUGGAGAGGAAGCGCAAGAUGGUCUCCUUCCACGGGGACGUGACCGUCUACCUCUUCGACCAGGAGACGCCAACCAACGAGCUGAGCGUCCAGGGCCCUCCCGAGGGGGACACGGACCCAUCAACGCCCCCGGCGCCCCCGACGCCUCCCCACCCCACCACCCCCGGAGAUGGGUUUCCCAGCAACGACAACGGCUUUGGAGGCAGUUUCGAGUGGGCGGAGGAUUUCCCCCUCCUCCCCCCGCCAGGGCCCCCCCUGUGCUUCUCCCGCUUCUCCGUCUCGCCUGCGCUGGAGACCCCGGGGCCCCCCGCGCGGGCCCCCGACGCCCGGCCCGCAGGUAGGGCGCCUCUCCUGCGGCGUUUCGUGUUCCGAUCGCUGGUUUUCACGACCGCCUCGGGAGAAGAUCACAUCGCUUUGCAUUUACUGACUGUGCUGGAGGCCGCGGCGUCCCCGCGCUGCUCUCUGCUGCCGCCUGCUGGCCAUGCGGAAAACACCACACCGCCCCGUGGAGAACUGAUCCCCCGAAGACCCGACCCCCCAGCACCCCCAGAAGAGGGGUUGAGAGUAGAAACCUCUGUGGACGACGGAGCCACUGCCACCACCGCAGACGCCGCCUCCGGGGAGGCCCCUGAGGCAGGGUCCUCCCUUUCCCCCACCAUGUGCCAAAUGGGGGGCCCCGGUCCCCCACCCCCCAGCCCUCCAGACGGCUCCCCUGAUCCCCCUGACCCCCUCGGUGCCAAAUGA